CCCAAACCCAAGCAUGCACUCAUAGAAUCUCAAAAACAACAAAUGAUGUCUACCUAUGACUGUGUCUAUGUCUAUGUGUCACUGUCAUUCUCUUUGAAACAAGAACCAUCCCUCUGAAUUUCUCUCUUGGACUCUUGCUUCUUACAACAUCUUUCCUUCGAUUCUCUCUCUCUCUCCCAAAACUAACGUACAAUUCUUCCUUUCCUUUUCACAAAGCCCCACUUCACACGUUCUCUUCUCAUUGCAUAAACCAACAAAAUGUCUCUACCUUUUCCUUCUUUGUGCAUUUCCUCUGCAUCCUAGGGUUAUGCUUUUUUUUUUCACCCCUUUUUUGUUUUUGUGCCUUUCUUCAAUUCAUUCUCUUUUUUUGUUCAUUACCCUUUUGUUUUUUUCACUCUCUGAUCACAAUUCCAACCUCAAAAUCUUAACUUUCAUCCUCUACUACCCUUUUCCUGAUUUUGCUUCUAGGGUUUGUUCAUGUUCUUUGAAGUACAAUGCUGAGUUUCAGAAGCUUAUAAGAUUGUAAUUUUCACCUAAAAUUGCAUUUUUUUUUAAGAUUCAGUUUUGUUGUUCUUGCUGUGUAGUUUGAUUUUCAAACAUGGGUUGUGUUCACGGAAAGUGUUGUAGUCGUUAUCCUGCACCAUCAAUUGGUGGCUCUAGGGAUUAUAGAGAACCUGUCCCUAAGAAGCACAUACUCACACAAAGGUCACUUCACUUUGUUGAUGUUGCUUCACACAAUUUCACUAUGGAAUACUCUGUACUCACUCAGAGAGGUUACUAUCCUGAUUCACCUGAUAAGGAAAACCAAGAUUGUUAUUGUGUUAGGACACAAUUGCAAGGUAAUCCUAGUGUUCAUUUCUUUGGUGUUUAUGAUGGACAUGGUGAAUUUGGUGGACUGUGUUCUAAUUUUGUUAAGAAUAAGUUGGUUGAGAAAUUGUCUAAUGAUUCUGCAUUGUUAGAGGAUCCUGUUAAGGCUUAUAAUUCGGCUUUUUUGGCUACGAAUGAUGAGUUGCAUAAAAGUGAGAUUGAUGAUUGUAUGAGUGGUACUACUGCGAUUACGGUGCUUGUGAUAGGGGAUACACUUUAUGUUGCGAAUGUUGGUGAUUCGAGGGCAGUGUUGGCUGUUAAGGAUGGGAAUAGAAUUGUAGCUCAGGAUUUGUCUUCUGAUCAGACACCAUUUAGGAGAGAUGAAUAUGAGAGAGUGAAGCUUAGUGGUGCUAGGGUGUUGAGUGUUGAUCAGGUGGAAGGGCAUAAGGAUCCUGAUAUUCAGACUUGGGGUGAUGAAGAGAGUCAGGGUGAUGAUCCUCCUAGAUUGUGGGUUCAGAAUGGGAUGAUUCCUGGAGCUGCUUUUACAAGGAGUGUAGGGGAUAGUUUGGCCGAGACUAUAGGUGUUAUUGCGGUUCCGGAGGUGUUAACGGUUCAGCUUAAGCCGGAUCAUCUUUUCUUUGUCGUUGCAAGUGAUGGUGUAUUUGAGUUCCUAUCAAGCCAAACUGUUGUUGAUAUGGCUGCAAGUUAUUCAGAUCCUCGUGAUGCAUGUGCUGCCAUUGCUGGAGAGUCUUACAAAUUAUGGUUGGAACAUGAGGGUCGAACAGAUGAUAUAACAAUUAUCAUUGUUCAGAUCAAAGGCCCGUCUCAUUCAGGUACAUCUGAGUACGGAUCAGGAGAGAUCAAUGUCAGUACAAUAACGAGGGCCAAAAAGGGAAAGGGAACUUCUGGUAUAUCUGCUUCCGCCGGUUUGGAUGUUCAUCGUGCUGUGACGAAUGGUUUCUCUGAUUCGCUAUCCGGUCAACAUGUGGUCUCAACAAGAAGUCACGCCAUUGUAGUUCCCUCUCCCACAUUUCAAAGUCCAAUUGAAUUGUGAUUGAAAAGAGGCUUCAUGGAAGCUUUUAGGUGGUACAUAUCUAAGUUCUAUCUUUUUGAGCCUUCUGCAUUACCAAUAUUCUACUCAUUGAGUCAAAAUGCUGACUCAAUUUUGUUAGGCUGCUGAAGGUUUAAGGUGCAUUAUCUUGGCAGGCGAAGGACGUCUCUUGGACUUGUAGAAAGCAUACUUUCUGUUUUCAAUCUAUUGCUAAUUCAAGUUAACAUGUCAUUUAACUACACAGAAGCACUUCAGGGGUAUACCCAAACUUAACUGUGCUUCCAUUAGAAGGGGAUGUAUAAAGGACUUGAAAUAAAAGGAAAGUCUAAACUUGACUAGCACUUGCAUUGAAUUAUGGUGAAUGGCAAACUUUGAAGGCUUAUGUUAGCUACUUAGAAUGUAAAUCCAUUAUCCUUAUUUUCAUGCAGAUGCUGGAUCCAGUUUAUCUUUUUGAAACAUAUCUGGAUUUUUUUAA